AUGGAGGGGCAGUCGGCAAAAGGUGUUCUGAGCCACUUGAGCGACCUGGAGGCGCUGGAAAAGCAGCGGCGUAACAGACGCAAGCCUCGGGGUCGUGUGGACGAGCUGAGGGCCGCUAUUCAGACACUGGUCACACAGAGAAACCGGCUGCAGGCGGAGAUGGAGGCCAACAGUUUUCUUCAGAAACUGCAGAUGUCAAUGGGGGAGGAGGAUGAUGACGACGACGACAAUGACUCGGUGAACUCGCAACUGUCGAUGCUGAUGAAGAGACGGACACAACUGAAAGACCUUCUCCGUGCUCAUUACCUCAUUGGUGGAAAAAACAUUGUUAAAACUCACCACGGUAAAGGAGUUUCUAUCUCAUUGGCCACCACCUACGAGGGACUCUACUUAGACACCUACAAUCUGGAUAUAGACCUGACAGCCAGGCUGAAGAUCACACGCCAUAACUUACCUCCCUUCAUCCCUUUAGACCGUCUGAUCGAACAGAGUAACAUGCAGACGGACAUAAUGGCUUUUCUGGACACCCUCAGUCAGUAUCUCAAUGCCUUCGUUGGACGCAGGCAACAGCUGAAGCUUGUCAAGGAGCUCCAUAAAUCAACUGAAGUGUUGGAGAGCAACAUGAUGUGUUCGAUUCUGGUGCUGCUGCUCACUGCUACCAACCAAAACAAGGCUGUUCUCUGCAAGAUGACCUACGCCGACCACACCAGAUGCCUUCCCACUAAAGUCAGCUUCGAAUCUGAAGACAGUGACCUCUCUGAUUCUCAUCACUGGGAAGAAAUCUCCACCCUUCUAAAGGAGACACCUUUGCACAAAGCCUUGACAAUCAUGCGAGAGAGAAGAAUCAUUGUUUAACGGGUCUGGGUAUGAUGCAUCUCACAUGUACAAAACUGAGUUUGUUUUUGCAAUGUCUGUCCUUUAAUGUUUUGUGUAAAAAAUGUAUAUGCGUUAUUGUUAUAAUAAUAAAACAUUCAAAAACAUGUUAUAUACCACUUCCUUUUUGUGAAGUCUUGUGUAACGCUCACUUGGAAAUGUAGUUCUGUCACAUUUUACAUUUAAUUUAUUACAAGAGUCAUGUACCUUUAAUUCCUUUUUCCCUUUUUCAUACUGUCAUGGAAACUUACCUGUGAACAUAAUUACACAAAACACUUAUGGUUGAUGAUAAAAGACAGUAUUGUACAAUACGGAGACAAAACAAGACAAAUUGUAAUGUACAAUACAGAUAAUACAAGUCAUGGGUUACUUUCCUAUAUUUUCCCUGUAUUCUCAAAUGCACAAAGGCGUUCCCUUCCCUAUCUUCCUCUUUCCUAGACAAAGAAACACCUAUUGGUCAAAUUCAAAUGACUAUACGUUUUCCAUGCCUAAUACUCUAGGUUGGACAUCAUCUGGUCAU